AUGGCAGACAACGCAGCGGAAUCCACGGACGUGAAGAACGCUCCAGCCCAAUUGAACUCUCUGGAAGAGCUCAAUGAAGUGCCUCCUGCUCCCGCCAGUCCACCGCCUCCUCCAGGCCCUGAGGACAAGCCGGUAAUGAAUCCUAUCUACAAUGCCACCUCUCCAACUGCUACUAUUCUUUUCAUCAGACAGACUGAGCUUUUAGGGUCACCCGGCAUGAAUAUGCACACUGAUGUAUUUUCCAGUGUGUCUGUACUGCUCAAGUCCAGAGUGGACACCUCAGAUCCUUCUAUCUGGCCCGGAAUAACGGAAGAUACGAACAACGACUACAUCAGAAGCGGAAAAGUGAAGACUGUGGAGAGUGCAAUCUUGGAUGGUAUUCCCAAGCAGCUUCGUGGUGUUGUGUACUUGAAGACGGCGCAGGUCAAAACUCACAUUGAUAAAACAAGCUACACGAGUCUUGCCAAGCGGGCUAAGCUGUCGCUUCUGAAUGAGGAUCAAGCUUUGUUGGACAGCGAGAAUGUAAGCGAAGACUUGAAGGAGCUUUUGCUGGUCUUCACCUUCUGUGCUAGAGAAGUGCUGUCUGACGCGUCCAACGAGCUGGUUCCCACCAACUUCAUCCUCAGAAUCGCCCCCGUGGUGGCUGCUAUUCCAGGUUUGAGCAAGCAGGAGAUCUUGGCACUUUUGUUCAAGUUCAACUCUUUAAACAGCCGUCUUCACAGAGAUGAAUUCUACUAUAAGUUGAGCCGUACCUUGGAGGAAUUGGUUCCUGAGUGUUUCAAGCACAUCUCACAUCAAGGCAUUGACUUGACUGAGGUCUAUAAAAGUCUUCUCCACAACAUCUUUGAUGUUUUACAGGACCAAGAACUUCUCGCCAAGAUCUUCGACUUCUGGUUAUUCGAGGGUUAUGAUUUCUACCACCGUUUGAUCGGCGCCCUUUUCCAAGAACAGGAGGCCACUAUACAGAAACUCUCAGGCGACGAGCUAAGCGACUUCUUUUUCGAGGAUCUCGUCAAGGGACUAAGCGAAGAGACUGUCGCACAUGCGUUACAGGUGGAACCACUGUUGAUCAAGUUCGAGAAUGAGUUCCAUUUAAUGAGCGCCAAUGCCAUGAGCGGCAACUACAACGAGCUCUCGAAUCUUAAAGAGGCAAAUGACGAUCUCAAAUUCAAGAUCAAGGAAAUGAGAUCCAAGAUCGACAGCCUCAAGAAGACCCAGGACGAGAUCUCUGGUCAAGAGACCGACUACACGUCUCAGCUUCGUGAGGCCAAGCACAGACGCGAAGAGCUACAACAUAGGACGAGAGAGUUGCAAGAGAAGUAUGCUCACUUGACAAUGACAGAAAAUCUUCAUAACACAAUCAAGGCCAACGAGGACAUCUCUCGCCAGAAUCAUGAGUUGGUGGAGCAGAUUGCUACUCUUGAGAGACAGUUAGCCGCCAAGAGGAUCAAGCUUGGCAAUGCUGUUGGUCCGUUGGAGAAGCAAGAGGAGAAGGUGAUCGAGGAGGCGAGUAAGAAGACGUCGGUGGAGAAGGAGCACAAAGUGGCUGAAGCAGCUGAGGCAGCUGCCAUUGCGGCAGAACCCACCCCACCUGAACCGGCCAAGCAGGCAAACUAA